UCUGUUCCUGGAUUCAUAUACCCCGUCCGCCCCAGAUGAGAGGGCUACCGUUACAAUGGCCUUGCCUCAGUUCUACGCACAUUGUCUUCUUGGGCUUCUCCAUGGCUCUCAUACAUAUUUUUUUUCUCUUGUCGAGCCUGGUGAGCUUAGCCCAACAAGCUGAACUCGCCGACUAUGUCUUCACAAAUACCGGUUCCGAGGGCGGAGGGAACACUUUCCCUGGCGUGUCGGAGCCCUUCGGUAUGGUGAAGCUUGGCCCUGAUGUCUUCCAAGACAGGGUUGAUAGCUACUCGGGCUACUUGCCCAAUGGAAAAAUAAAGGCAUUCAGCAUGCUUCACCUCAGCGGCACCGGUGGAGCUCCCAAGUAUGGUGUCGUGGCUCAGAUGCCAGUGGUAGGGAAUAUUGCCAACCCACUCGACGACUACCUAGCAGCACGAGAUGCGCCCGAUAUGACCGAGGUUGGCUACUACAAGUCACGCCUAGCGACAGGGAUCACGGUAGAACUUGCAGCCUCUUCUAGGGCUGGCAUGCUUCAGUACACUUUUCCUUCCGGUCCGACCCCGCGGAAUGUUAUCGUCGACGUCUCGCACGUUCUUCCCUCAUAUAGAGGACAGGGACUAGGCCAGAGGUAUCUUGGUGGCAGCAUCAGCGUGGAUAGGGACGACUCAGGAAAUGUGCAAUAUAAAGGAUCUGGCUCAUACGACAACGGAUGGAAUCGAGCUCCCAAGUGGACCGUCUAUUUUUGCGGCGCCUUCAACUCUUCUGCUACCUUCAAGACGUUUGUAGGCACCAACGCCACCGCCAACACCUUGUCCAAGUUCUCGAAUGACAACAAGGUUGAAUCGCUAAGCCGCCUGGGAGCUGUCUUCACUUUUGACGCCGCCAACGUGGUCUCGCGCGUUGGUGUUUCGUUCAUAUCAGAGGAUCAGGCAUGCACGAACCUGGAUCAGCAGAUUCCCGAAAGCACGUCGAUCUCACAACUGCGACAGAAAACAAGGGAUGUCUGGAACACUGAUGUCCUCUCUAGAGUGGCUUCCAACGAUAAAAACACGACCAAGUUGCAGCAUCUGUACACCUCUAUGUACUUCAUGCAUCUGAUGCCGAUCAACAAAACCGGAGAGAACCCAGAGUGGAAAUCGACCGAGCCAUACUACGAUGAUAUAUUCACCCUUUGGGAUCUGUUUCGCUGCACCACCGCUCUUCUCCAUGUAUUUCAGCCCAAAGUCUACGAGGAGUUCAUUCGAUCUUUGAUUGACACUUGGCGCCACGAGGGUUACUUGCCUGAUGCUCGGUCUUCUUUUUUCAAUGGUGCGACACAGGGCGGAAGCAACGCGGACACAGUUCUCGCCGACGCUUAUGUCAAGGGCGUCCGUGGGCAGAUUAACUGGGAAGAUGGGUUUGCCGCCAUGGUCAAAGACGCCGAGGUUGUCCCGGCUUUGAAUGACGACCCUCGCGACAAGACAGGUUCAACGAAGGAAGGAAGAGGAGCGUUGCCCGAUUGGAAAGAACGAGGAUUUCUCUCUACCAAGUUUGAGAGAUCUGUGAGCCGCGCAGUAGAGUAUUCCCAAAAUGAUUUUGGCCUUUCACAGGUCGCCAAGGGCUUGGGAAAGACGGCCGAGGCUGAAAAGUAUAUGAAGCGAUCGCGACAAUGGAGGAGCCAUUGGAAUAAGGACAUGAAGGCCCUUGGAUUCUCUGGCUUCCUUGGACCAAAGGGCGAAGAUGGGCAAUUCGAAGAGCAGGACCCCUUGAACUGUCGCGGCUGCUACUGGGGUGACAACUACUACGAAGCACUGCCAUGGGAGUACACCUUUGGGCCCCAUCACGACAUCAGCACCUUGAUCGACUACUCGGGAGGUCCUCGGAGAUUUGCAAGCCGCCUUCAGUGGACUUUCGAGCCUAAUGUCCGCCCCAAGGGCCACGAGAGAUUCAACAGGAUGAUAUUUGACCCCGGCAAUGAGCCAAGCUUCACAACCCCCUAUCUUUACAACUUCGUGGGUCGUCAGGAUAUGACGGUCAACACCACACGCUACCUCGGAAAGACCUACUAUGGUGUUCGUCCGAACGGCUUGCCGGGCAACAGUGAUGCCGGCGCCAUGGAAUCGUGGAUUCUUUGGGUAAUGCUAGGUCUUUACCCCAUGACAGGCCAGACCACCUUCCUCAUCGGCUCACCUUGGCUUGACGAUAUCACAAUUUCGUUGGGUGACGGAAAGUCCCUUCAAAUCACCUCCACAGGCGGCUCUGAGGACUCGUUCUAUGUUCAGAGUCUCAAAGUCAACGGGAAGAACUGGACAAAAACGUGGGUUACCUGGGACGACAUAUUUGCCAAAGGCGGAAAGCUCGAGUUCACCCUUGGCCCUGAGCCAUCCAACUUUGGUGCUACAAGCCCCGAGAGCCCACCACCUCCCAGCCCAGCGAGCGAGUACAAGUCGGGAGAAACGUACAUGGGUAACUUAGGUGGCUACACUUCCAACAUGAACAGCGGUGGUCAUCCGUCGUGGCUUAUUCCUGUGGCUGUUACGGUACCGAUAGUCGUUGUGGCGGCAUUCGCCAUCUGUGUCACUUUCUUCUUCAUCCGCAGGCGCCGUGCAGCCGCGGCACAGAAAGCAUUGUCCUCUGGCUCAGGAACUCCGGAAUCCGGAAUCGAAACUCUUACACCAACGAGUCAACCAGUCGAUACUUCCAAGACAAACGUACAAGUCGAAAUUGUGGGCGCACCGCCUCUAGACUCAACCCAAGGCGCCAAUAUAGCACAGCUACCUCCACCUGUCGCCAACAGGUGAACACACAGCUGUUUUUUUCUGAUUUCAUCCGCACAUAUCCAAAAGUUCCGUCUCUGAACAUAUCCUCCUAUUGGGACACGCAUUAAUUCUCUGUUGCUAUUUUUUCUUACAUUUUGUUGGCAGCGUUAAUAUCUGGAGAUACCCCGAGCAAACUUGGCUCAUCUGACACAAGAAUAUUUGUUUUUUACGACUGCAUAGCUUGGCGCAAGGAGGGAUUUUAAAAGAAAUCAGAGCAUGAGCAUUAUAGGAAUUGCAUCAGCGAUAUACAUUAUUAUUUAGUAAAAUAUGAAGCGCUCGAUCCACAAGGAUCCUUACCUCG